UGAGGGGUUCUCCUAUGCGUUCCAGAUUUGGAUUAUGGAAGCAAUUCCGGAUUUUGGAGAAAUAUGUGGCAGCAAAGUCUCGGACAGUUUCAUCGGUCCAAGGUGUGGAAAUUGGAAAGGAGUUGCAAAAGUUUCUUAUGAAGACAUCAUUCAACUUGAGGAAUCGUUUACUGAGAAGGGAGACUUGUUCUCGGUAAUUUCAGUGAGUGGCAAUGGUGAUGUGUUGAGGCAUGCUGAUUAUACAAGGAAGGAUGAGAUGGAAGAUGAACGUGUGGACCUUCUUCUCGAUAGGAUUAAAAUCAAUUUUGAUUGGAGCAACACACAAUGGCCAGUUAUAGAGGAUGAAGAGACUGAGAUGGAAGAAGCUGAUACAGAGUCAGAAGCUGAUAAGAGUGUGGAUGCUACUGAUAUUGCAGCAGAUGUGGAGACAUCUUCGGUUAAUGUUGCUAGAAGAGGCAAGAGAGAAGAAGUUGCUGUGUAA